UCGUUGUAGUCCGGAAUUCCUCGACCAGCCUUUUCCCAUUGGUUCCCAAUUUCGCACGGAAAGCGAAAAGGCAGGUCCCCUCUGCGUCCCAGGGAAGCCAAGACGAGCGAGGGGCCUGUCCUGCGGCCAGCGGUGAAGGAAGCGCAUUUCGGUUGUUUUUGCAAGGAUUAGGGAGAAAAGCUGUAGGAAGCUCGAGGAUAAGAUCUACAGGGCCCAUAAACCAUCCUAGCUAGAUUCGGAGCUGGGCUAGCAGUUUGCCGGAUUGUGGUCGUUGCCCCAUCUUUUCUGUUGGGUACUGAAGAAUGCAAGAUGAAAAGGAAUCUCUUAGCCUCUAGCAUAGCUGAGUUGGAGGACCGUGGGAUGAUGAAGAACGAUGCAUCGGUGAUGUUUUCUGCCAUCGCUAGGGCAAGGGCCCUCUUAAGAAGCAGCGAGCCCAACCUUCUCCCUCCACCUGCACCCCAAGCAGUUUCUUUAUUAGAGGAAGCUGCUGAUCUCCUGGUUUUGAACAGGGACUUUGCUGCAGCUGUGGACAGAUGUGGGAAAGGCUGCCAGAGCCUUUUGGAAAGUGACGAUUCUGACCGAUCCAGCUCUGAAGAUCUGAAAUGCUCCUUAUGCAUUGUUGGCAUCCAAGCUUUGGCAGAGAUGGAUCGAUGGAGAGAAGUCCUCCCAUGGAUUCUUCAGUAUUACCACAAACCUGAAUGUUGGCCUCCCAAAAUUCUGGAGCUCUGCAUCCUCCUCCAUAGCAAAGUGGAAGAACCUCAUGUGAUGUUAGAUGUUGGCGGGGACUGGUUAUACUUCCCAUCCAAUCAGAGCUUGCCAAGUUAUGGCCUGUUGGCUCAGCUUUAUCUCUUCCAUGUGCUCUUGCCACUGGGGCACUUUUCAGAGGCAGAGGAACUGAUCCAAGGUUGCAAAGCUUUGAGCCAGGAGCAGCAAGCAGACAUGCACAGAAACCUUCAAGAGAAGAAGCAUCAGUGGCUGCAAAAAGAAGAAUCUCCAAUUCCUGAGGAGCACCCAGAGAUGACAUGGAAGCUGCUAUUGGGUUCGGCGUCUCAAAGGAUGUUGAACGUCUUGGUCCAGCUGAGAAGAAUGCUGGAGUCUUUGGCAAGGCAGUUCAGUUCCAUCUCCUUCAAAAAGACACUUCUGCUGGCUUUCAUGUUGUGUCUCAUUGUGGUGAGACUUGACCCAGCAUCUCCUGCUUCUCUACCCUUCCUCUACAGGCUGACCCAACUUUUCCAUCAAGCCCGUCUGGCUUUAUUUUCUCCAAGCAGAAGGCUUCCUGUUCAACACUAACUAGCUGUACAGUAUUGUCAUCUCUGGAUACCAUGAAACACUUCCCAGCCAGUUAAGGUGACUCAACAGUUUGGGGACAAUGCUGAGCACAAAGCUACAGGAGUUUCCUCCAGGACUAAGAAUCUCUUCUGAAGAUGGAUGUUGCUGGAUGAAAUCCAAGAGUCAACGUAAACUGGUGUCUCUUGUAUUGGAAUGUGCUGCUGUGCUCAUAAAGCCAUCCCUGUUCAGAAGUGUGUUCUGUUUAGGCGAGUGAUGCUUGCUUCCAAGUAAAUAUUGAGAUCAAGGUGUGACAGACUAUUUCAGUGUUUUUUUUAAUCUUCACUUCCCCAAAGAGACAUUAAACAUUUUCUAUCUGGGAAAGAUCGUGCCUGCCUCUCCUCUCCUGGUACACAUUUGUCAUGCAGAAGUUCUGCCUCCAUUAAUCAGCUUUCUCUACCUGGCUGCCUCCAGAUGGGGUGGACAACAGCGCCCAUUCAUCAGGUCACUGGGAAUGAUUACUGACAUCCCCAGAGAGCAACCAGCUGGUGCAGACUCCGCUUAAAAACCAUGAGUGUUUUUGCUAAGGGAAGGGAAGUAGUUCCAGGGAAAGAAGAGAAGCCAUAUCAGGCGAUAUGGUUUUCUCUUUAACUUUUGUGGCUGAGCUGCCGGUGCAGCAAGCAAAGUAUGAAAUGGUUAAUCACCUUAAUCCUAACCUUCCUUUCCUCCCUUCCCCCAUCAGAGCUCCUAGGCCUCUUUGUGGUGGCCUGACUUGGCAGGGAAGUCCUUACUAAUCAGCAAUAACAGACUCUUGUAAUCUUCAUUAUGGGCAGGUCCUUAUCUAAGUGCUGUACUGAAUUGUUUUUGGCAACUUGUUUGCUCAUUAUUUUGUAAGGGUUAGAAUUGAUAAAAAUGAACCAUUUUCAGCAUGGGAGAAGUUUGCAAAUGGGGUUAUGAUGUUUAAACCAGUUAUUAUCCCCAUUUAAUGUAUAUUUAAGAUUAAAAGAAGUGAAUUGGU